AUGAGCAUUUGUAAUGACUAUGAGCCUUCUUCCUAUGAGGAGGCAGCUAAGAAUCUUGCAUGGCAGGCCACCAUGAAUCAGGAAUUUGAUGCACUACACACUAAUCAUACUUGGACCCUUACACCAUUACCUAAAGGAAAGAAAGCUAUAGGUUGUGAAUGGGUGUUUAAAAUCAAACACAGGGCUGAUGGAAGCAUUGAAAGAUACAAAACAGGAUUGGUGGUCAAGGGUUAUACACAACAAGCUGGGAUUGACUACAACGAAACUUUUUCACCAGUAGUUAAGAUGACCACAGUGAGGGUUAGUAAGCAGUCCAGGGAUGGUUUGAAAACUGAACAAGUCACUAUAUGGACUCCAGCAAGCAAGCAGACAACGGCUAUUGGAGAGGGUUUUGGAGUUCUUGAAGAGGCUAAGCUUUGUAGUGAGUUUCCCCAACUUUCUGCUUCAUUCCUUGAUCAUUAA